GCAGGGCGCUCGCGUGCCCAGCACCAUGACGCCGCCAGGUUUGACAUUCCUGGCGCCCCAUGGCGCUCCCAUCCUGGUGCCGAUGCCGGUCCCUGCGGCCAGCACGGCCACAGCAGGCCUAGGCCACAAUUCUGCCAGGAUAGUUUUGUCCUCAUGCGCCCUGGGCAUGUGCGCUGGCGUGGCCAGCAGCAGCCGCAAAAGGAGGACUGCCCGACUCGCAGACGUUAGUGGCAGCAGCCUUGCGGUGCGAGAGCUCGACGAGCCGGAUGUGGGGAAGUUUGUGCCCAAGAUGCGGGCGCUGCAGAACCAGGCGGAGCUGCUGCGCUCCGGGGAGCUGCGCCAAGUCAUUGAGACCAUGAAGUCACUACGCAAGUCUGAGCUGAAGGGUGCCAUCAGCGAGGUGGACGAGCUUUUGGCAGCGCUGAUUGGUGCCAUCCAAGGCCUCCGGGACUCCGCGCAGAGCAGCGGGGAGUUCAGGGAGCAGCUGGCUGGGCUGGACCUGUCAGAGGCUAAGCCAAAGAAGGACAAAGGGCGUGCUGCCCGCAAGGAGGGCGUGGAGACAAUGAUGGAGGUGCACGUAGUGGGCUUGAGCCACCACAGCGCUCCAGUGGAGGUGCGUCAGAAGUUGGCGGUCGCAGAGGCCAAGUGGAAUGAGUACGCCCAGGACUUGGUGCUCUAUGCGAAAACUUCCAACGGCUAUGUGGUGCCUGAGGCGGCGGUGCUGUCAACAUGCAACCGCUUCGAGCUGUACUUCGCUUCCCCGGAGCUCAAGAAGUACUCGGCCAUUGAGUGCGUGCACGCCUUCCUGCGUGAGCAGUCCGGCCUCAGCCAAGAGGAGCUCGACCCAUACCUCUUCACCUUUACUGGCCACGACGCCAUCAAUCAUCUCUUCGAGGUGAGUUCCGGCCUGGACUCUUUGGUGCUGGGUGAGGCGCAGAUCUUGGCGCAGGUCAAGGCAUGCCAUGGCCACUGCAUCUCCAAAGCGGACGAUGAGGAGGAGACUGUGCCUGGAGCUGGCGGAAAGAUCGUGGCUAAGAUGCUGAAUGCUGGCAUCAGGAUUGGCAAGCUGGUCCGCACCCGGACAAAGAUUGGUAAGGGCUCCGUCUCAGUGUCCAGUGCUGCAGUGGAGCUGAUGAUUAGCAGGUCAAUGGCAGACUUGCGCAAGCCUGCGAGCAAGGUGCAGGUUGGCAUCAUCGGCGCCGGGAAGAUGUCCAGGCUGUUGCUGCUGGCGCUCUUCAGCAAGCACCCAGACAUCAAGGUGGUGCUGGUGAAUCGGUCCGUGGAGAAGGCGGAGGCGGUGUUGAAGGAUGACAUGGUGAAAGCGCGGGGUGGCACCAAUGCCACAGUGGCUGGUAUGGACAGCAUGUUCGACGUCAUGAAGCAGUCUGACGUUGUGUUCACUGCCACUGGCAGCGAGGUGCCGAUCAUUCACCCUAAAGACGUCGAAGGACGCGAGCUGCCCCUCAUGUUGGUGGACAUCUCGGUGCCGCUGAACGUGGCCAAGGGCUGCGAGGAUGUGGAGAACGUCGCUUCCUACUCUGUGGAUGAUCUGCAGAAGGUCGUUCAGGCCAACGCGCAGAAGCGCGCAGCAGAAGUAGAAAAGGCCAGAAAGAUCAUCGGCGAUGAGGUGGGCAAGUUCAAGGUGUGGCAGGCGUCGCAAGGAGCAGUGCCAUACCUCGCGGCUUUGCAGGCGAUGGCAGAGAGGAUCCGCACGACAGAGACCGAGAAGCUCUCCAACAAAUUGCAGGGUCUCCAUGAGAAGGAGAGGGCCUCGGUUGACAAGCUUACAAGGCACAUCGUGGACCAGAUCUUCCGACCAAUCUACUACUCCAUGAAGGAAGACGAGAACAUGGAGGAGAAGAAGGAGAAGAUCUGGGCUUUGAAGAAAAUGUUCAAGCUGGAGCCGGUCUACAAGCGAGGUGCGCUUGCACAGGAGUCUUCCUGUACUGACUGCGACUAUGAGGGCCCAGAAAGUCGAGGGCAGCUAAAGCCCUGAUGCUGCCAGUCGUACUUGUUCAGCAAGCUGACCGAAUGCCCAGGUGAGCCAUGUUCACCAGUUUGUCGCGCGCAGGUUUCACCACAUGGAGCACCUAACAUCUUCGAUCACAU